UUUCCUUUUCCCAUACCGUUUCCUUUUUCUUCUUUUAAAUAAUGCCAAGCUUAUUUUCACUCACAAAGACGGCUAUUUUAGUCUCUUGUGUAUUUAGUUUUACUGCCUUUGCUGAACCAGCUAUUUUCAAACAACAAGAUGCUACAGUCGAUUUUGGUGAUAAAGCAUGGAGUGACGUUCAACAUGUCUUUCAAGGUGCUGCUGAUAGGGUCCAUAGUAUUACAGAUAAAGUAAAAGAAGUUUUUAACCAUGAAGAUAGGCAUCAAUUCACUUCAUUCUCUCAUCCUGCUUUCCCUCAAUAUGCUAUGAGAUAUAAACAACCUAAACUUUGUGACCCUGAUGUGAAACAAAUUUCAGGUUAUUUAGAUGUUCAAGGUGAUAAACACUUUUUCUUUUGGUUCUUUGAGUCAAGAGAUAAGCCCAAGGAAGAUCCUCUUGUUUUAUGGUUAAAUGGUGGUCCUGGUUGUUCAUCUUUAACUGGUCUUUUUAUGGAACUGGGUCCUUGUACUGUUAAUGCUGAAGGUAAUGAUACUUUAAUCAAUAAAUAUUCUUGGAAUGAAAAUGCCAACGUUAUUUUCUUGGAUCAGCCAUUGAACGUUGGUUAUUCUUAUGGUAAAAAUGGCGCUUCUAAUACAGAUGCUGCUGCAGAAGAUGUGUAUGCUUUCCUUCAACUCUUUUUCAAAGAAUUCCCUCAAUAUGCUGACCUUGAUUUCCACGUUUCAGGAGAAUCUUAUGCUGGACAUUAUAUUCCUGCUAUUGGUGGUGUUAUCAAUAGGAACAAUAAAGGUCAUUUCCAAUCUAUGGAGCUCUUGAAAAAGAAAAAUACUUUAGCCGAUAUUAACUUGAAGAGUUUAUUGAUCGGCAAUGGUUUGACCGAUCCUUUAAUUCAAUAUAAAUAUUAUGCUCAAAUGGCUUGUAAAAACUCUUAUAAACCUGUGUUGAGUGAAUCUGUUUGUAGAAAUAUGGAGGCUCAAUUCCCUGCUUGCGAACGAUUGAUAAAGAAUUGUUAUGAAAGUCAAAACGUCUUUGCUUGUUUACCUGCUGCUAUGAAAUGUAAUAAGGAUCAAAUUCAACCUUAUCAACAAACGGGUAUGAAUCCUUAUGAUGUUCGUGAGAAAUGUAAAGGCGGUAACCUUUGUUAUGAUAUCCUUGAAUCUGUUCAAAAAUAUUUGAAUCUCCCUGCUAUUAAAGAAGAAGUAGGCGCUGAAGUGAAAGAGUAUGAGAGCUGUAAUAUGCAAAUUAACUUUAGAUUUCAAAUGGCUGGUGAUUGGAUGCGUCCUUACGUUCGUGAAAUUCCUACACUUUUAGAAGAUGAUAUUAGAAUUUUAAUUUAUGCUGGUGACGCUGACUUUAUUUGUAAUUGGAUGGGUAAUAAAGCAUGGACUCUUGAAUUACCUUGGUCUGGUCAGGAAGAAUUUGUUGCUGCUAAUGAUACUGAAUGGUAUUCAGAGAUUGCUGGUAAACAUGCAGGUGAACUUCGUAAGACUGAGGAUGGUCGUUUUGCUUUCUUGCGUGUCUUUGGUGCUGGUCACAUGGUUCCUUAUGAUCAACCUGAAAGCGGUUUAGAUAUGUUACAACAAUGGGUUCGUGGUGAACUUAACUAAAAUCCCUUCGAUGUUUAAUAAAACUAGCCUCAUUAUUGAUAACAAAUACUAUAAUAAUAAUAAUAAAAAAACGUAAAUACGGCAAAUGUUAUAUGAUGAAUUCUAAUUUAUAUACAUGUUUAUUUUGACUGGUGGUGUAAUAAAUAGUCUUAUUUUGCUACUUAAUAAAUAGAAAAGGCCUUGUUAUACUAUGUUAUGUUUAACUUAUUCAUAACCCUCUAUUGAUGGAAAUAUUUACUUUUUGUACCAAAUCUAUUAUUUUUCAAUAUCACUGGAGACUUUAUUAUCAUU